AGGUGGACGAGUAAAUUAAAAGAUCGCCAAAUUUCAACGAUUCCUUUCCUUCUUAAAGAAGCAAGCCGGAAAAGGCCGAUAAUGGAAAGAGGGCCUUCGUCAAUCACAAAUUUCCACCAUUAAAUUUCUCGUCGGAGUUCGCCGAUGUCACCGCCGUCCACUGUUUUCACUGAAGCCGAAGCUAGAGCCCUGCAAUAGUAUCAACCAUGACCUCGAGCGCGAUGGCGGCGACGGCUCAGCAACACCAGUGGAGCGAGGAGGAGACAAGGGAGUUCAUCCGGAUUCGAGCCGACCUAGAGAGGGACCUGACGGUGGUUUCCACCGGAGAAGGUGCGGCGGUGAAGAAGAAGACACUGUGGGACAUGGCGAGUGCAAGGAUGAGAGAGCGAGGGUUUUGGAGGACCGCCUAUCAGUGCAAAUGCAAGUGGAAGAAUCUCCUCAGUCGCUACAAGGGGAAGGAGACAACCCAUAAAGAGUUUGGCUGGCAAUGCCCAUUUUUUGAGGAAAUCCGUGCAGUAUUUGCCGUAAGGGAGAAAGCUAUGCACCGAUUGCUCCAUGAACCUGAAGCAGGUUCUAGUGCAACAAAGAAAAGAGGGAGGGAGAGAAGUUUAGAAGAAUAUUCAGAGCUCAAAGAACUUGAUGAAGAAGAAAGUGAGGAGGAGAUCCCAACUCAAAGCAACUCACAGAAGGGAAAGGCUAUAGGAACUCACCCAGCAAAGUCUUCAAGAACAGCUGGUUCUAAAAGUUCAAGUAGCUCGGUUAGUAAUGAAAUCCUAGAGUUGUUGAAGGGCUUCUUUCAGUGGCAGCAGAGGAUGGAAAUGGAAUGGAGGGAAAUACUUGAGAGACAUUACAACAACCGACGAAUGUUCGAGCAGGAAUGGCGUGACUCGAUGGAGAAGCUCGUGAGGGAGAGGUUAAUGGCUGAGAAAGCUUGGAGGGAAAGAGAAGAACAGAGAAAGAAAAGACAAGAUAUCCGAGCUGAAGGAAUGGAUGCUCUCUUAACAGACCUUUUAAACAAGCUCAACCGUGAAAAUAAUUUAUGAGACGAUGAUAUAAAAAACGGUGCUGAUUCCUGAGAAUGGGAUAGUUGAAGCAAAAAAGGAAGAAUGUAGUUACAGCAACACUAUUUUUGAAGGCAUGGUAGAUAUAAAAAAUUCAGGUUUCCUUUUUGCUUUGGGGUGGCUGAUAGUACAUAUCACAUAUGCAAUUUUUCACAAGUGUCUAGCCUGAUUGUAUGCAUACAGAGAUUGAACAGUUUUCUCCCAGGAAUUUAUAGUUCUUGGAAGAAAAAAGAAUACAUUGUUAUAUACAUUAUCAGUAUUGAACAAAACCUAUGAAGUUUAGCUUGAAUUAAGAAUCUUAUUACUAUGA